CCCGUUGCUCUUUUCUUCCAGGGCGCCCCCUUCUCGCGGUGCAUCGAGGCUGAAGGCAUGACGGCAUCGCCACCUUGCCUACCUCCCGUCAGCGGAGUGCUGCUCACCAAAAACCCGGCGUUGGUGCGGCCUGUGGCGGUGUACUGGAACCACGGGCAGGACUUGGACGACGGCUGCUCCAGCAGGGGUUCGGUGUUCAACCUGUACAACGAGCGUAUGCUGAUGGCGCCUGACCAGCCCACGGGUCACCAUUCUGCACCACCAAUGCGUUCGUUGAAAGGGAAGUCGGUGGCAGUGGUGACGCGCACGUGCACCGCCUUCCACCCGGCCCGCUGCAAGUCGUCUUUCUUCCGGUCGAUGCCGCACAUCGUCAAGAUCGAGGACCCCCCGAGGUCACCCUCCUCGAGUGACGGCGGCUCGGCCGUGCUGGACGUGCUCGACUCGGGCCACAGCUCGGCCAUCCUGAACGUCGAAGAGGAGGCACCAUCGCCCAGCGAUUCGGGAGUGGCCGAGCUGGAAGCUCAGCUGCGAGAGAAGGACGCGGAAAUCAUGUACUUGCGCCAGACCAUGGAACGCAACGAGAACGCCAUCAUCCAGGUCUACGAGGAGAAGGAGCAGAACUGGACCAAGGAAAUGGAUGACGUGUGUGACUACUACGAGAAUAUAAUUCGGAGGAAUGGCUUAUCCGAGGCGGCGUGCAUGACCCCUGCAGCCCCAGGUGCACAAGUGCAGCAAAAGGCGACUGCAUUCUUCCCAAAGCGCCCAGAUAACAGCCCAGUGUUCAGUGGAAGUCGAUUGGAAGAGGCCAGUUGCCGGCCUGGAGGCGCGAUCAAGCUGUCAUGGCUAGAAACACCACAACUGGACAGUGAGGUGGCCGAACUCACUAGUCUGAUGGAGCGCACGCGAAUCGCCGGAAGUACUGAAGAAGAAGCGCGCAGACUUCGGGUUGAGCUGCAUCGCUGUCGGCGUCAACUGCAGCUUGCCUUGCAGGGUUUCGAGCAGGAGCGCCAGCAAUGGCAAGAAGAGCGUGAACGGGCUGCCAAGUACCAACGUCAACUGGAGACAGACUACUGGCAGCUAUUCAGCCAGAACCGCGAGCUGUUACGUGCUGUGUCACAUACCAGCCUGCCACUUGAGCUGCUUGAUGGCUGGUACCACUCAGAAUCCAGUUGCUGAAAACUAACCACACCAAUCUGUGAUAACUCCAGUCCGGUGUGCCUCUUCCUCCUUCUGGAGAGGGGGCUUGUCUCCAGGGUUGGCAUGAUUGGAUCACCGUUUCAGAACCGGAAACUUCAGUUGGCAUUGUUCUGUGCAGAUUAACUCCCUGAAUGAAGAUAGCGGCUAGCCCUCGCACGAGUUUUGCAGCACUUGUAUAUAUAAAAAUAUGGGAAGGCUAUAAAUUAUAACAGCCUUUCCAAGUUUAGAUUUGUGUCUUCAUAAUUUGUUUAUGCACAUAAUUGACAUUCCUUGCACAUAUCAACAAAGCAAACAGGUGACUAUUCUGUUAGUGAAAAACUUUUACUCCUGUAAUGACAGAAUAUAUACCAUACAUGCAUCCAACCUUGGAUGUGCUGCAAUUUGAUACAGACCAUUUGUACAUGGCAGCACCAUAGUAUGGGAGAUCAUCGGAACCUUUACACAAAAGUGCUGCAAAUAUAGUCACUUUGAAUUUUCUCAAACACAUAUAGGCGAGCGGCAGCAACAGGGAAGAUCUCAGCUACACUAAACAGAAAGCACACGAUUGUGAAGUGUGUAUCACAAAAUCCCUCUGCAAAUACAUGUUUCCGGCUCUGUGGCUAUGAACAGAUGCAAUUGUGCAUAUCUCUGCACCCUACCCCAAAUUAUUAUUGAGCUUCCACAGUGUAGCCUGAUCCACUUACACCAUAGUUUGUGGAUUUAGCUCUUAUAAGCACUGAUGAUUUACGGUGACUUGUUAAAAUGUCAGUGUAAUAUUGCUGCUAAAACAUUUGUAAGUAGGGUGCACUGCAGUGUUCCCCAAAUCAAACCACCUUUUUGCCAUGCCUCCACUAAAGUGAGCCUAGUAACAAUGACCCACUUUGUUAUCAGUUGAAAGUGGUUCUAAAGCAAGUGAAUAUUAUAACAAAGCCCACUUACCAAACAGUAAUAUAUCAUUAUGCCCGGCGAGGUUAGUUAUGAAAUGAGGGCGGUCAUAGUAAUUGGGCUUUAGUGUACAUGGGUGUGCCCAUUUGCACAUUGCAUAGGGUUUGCAAGAAACUCAAAAGAGGCCCCACUUUCUUGUUUUCUUACGUGCAAUUUCAUUUAUAUUUUCUGCAGCAGUGCUACAGGUAUAGCAAGCUGUGUAUAUAGUUAUAUGGCUUUGUUGCCAGCCAGAUAUGUAUGUCUUGCCAAAGGUUGCAUCCACUUCCUGAACAUGCAUUGUUACUUUGUUUAAAGAAUGGUAGAUGGACCAUAGAAAGCUUCUAUGGGUAUUGUUCCAGUGUGUUUGUACUAUGUGGGCAUUUGUAUGAGAUGUGUUAGUUCCUGUGUGCUUGCUUGGUCACCUGCAUUUUUCUCCAGUUUUCCCAGUAUUUUUCCUUUCUUGGGCCCAGACAUAUUUUGGCUGCAAACUCACUGCCACAUCAAUAUUGCCCAUGUGAAAGGUGCAUGGGAGAAGCUGCAUGUAUUUAGCUUUGCAUUUAAAUAAUCAAUGGUAGCUGUUCAUGUGCCAACAAGCAUUGAGAAUUGUGUAUUUUGAUGAAUUGUGUGAAACUUGAGUGUGUGUGUGCAUGUGUGUGUGUGCAUGUGUGUGUGUGCACCUUACAAGGUGCGAUAUCAGUGCAAGCAGGCAAGUAGCCGACAGUGCCCAUGCGGCCACAUCAGAGGGCCUGAGUGGUAUGCAUGCUGAAAGGGCAAUGAACUCCUUCCCUCAUCUUCACCAUCGCUGCCAAGGCAGUUGUGAUGUGGACAGCCUAUUCAAGGAUAACACGUCACUGUGAUGUAGUCAGUAGCACUGCACACCAAUUUCAUGUUGUACUCCACAUGUCAGGAUGUUUUGUAGUGUGCUGCUGAGCUUCUUGCCAACAUUUACAGAAACAAACUUGUGGAAGGACUUCUUUUUUUAAAGAAGAAUGAAUUUCUCAUCACUGUAUAGUCUUUCAGAGUCAAUGAUUUUUGUUAUCAUUCAGAAAAAAAUAAACAAACAAACCUUGACUGUGCACAACCUUUUGGAUUCAUAUGGGUAAAAGUGAAUUGGCAAUAUUAUUGGUGGUUUAUCUUUUUACAAAAGAGAAGUCCUUUAGGUAAUUUUCUGGUUGCAGAAUCUCAAUUAAAGGGAAAUAGAAAAGUCAGCACCUUGGCAUCGGAUUGUGGUGCAAAGAAAGACUGAAUUCAAAAGGUAGUGUCAUGGCAAUUGCUUUCUUGGAGGUUGGAACAGUGUUUUUGCUUUCAAGUAGCACAAUCACAAUUACUACCAUCAUACAAAUACAAAAAGCUUUAAAAAAAAAGUCUGCAAAGCAUUCAUAAAUACGACACUAUGUGUAUGACAUUCAAUGGAAAGUACCUGCUGCUUAAUAAAGUUGCAUAUCAUGUUUUGUCACUGUGAA